ACUCACACACAAGGUCGAUCACAUAGCAGCAGUGAGCUCACGACUCACAAGUUUCCAGGCCCAAUUUUAAUUAGCGAGUAGUUUGAAGAAUUGCAGCAAUGGUGUGUCGUGUGCUGGUAGCGGCGGUGGUACUGAUGAGCCUGGCGCAGCUCUCCGUGGGGAGCAGGAGGCUGAUGGAGCUGUACAUUCCCCCUGCGAGCGACCAGCUCACGUACCACCACGGCACCGUGCUCAGCGGCGACAUCCCGGUGUCCGUCCUCUGGUAUGGCAGGUUCACGCCGGCACAGAAGUCGAUCGUCUCCGACUUCCUCUUCUCGCUCACCACGGCGCCGGGCGCGGCCACGCCAUCCGUCGGGCAGUGGUGGGGCACCAUCGACCAGCUGUACCUGUCGAGCGCCGCCACGAACGGCGCCGGGCCGGCGACGCCGACGCGCGUGCUCCUCGACGCGCAGGUGUCCGACGAGGCGCGGUCGCUGGGGAACUCGCUCACGCUGGCCCAGAUCGAGGAGCUCGCGGCGCGCGCCGGCGGGAAGAAGGGCGGCAUCGCGCUGGUGUUCACCGACAAGGACGUGGCCGUGGAGGGAUUCUGCAGCAGCCGGUGCGGCAAGCACGGCGCCGAUACCAAGUCCGCCUACAUCUGGGUGGGCAACUCCGUGAAGCAGUGCCCCGGGCAGUGCGCGUGGCCGUUCGCGCAGCCGCAGUACGGGCCGCAGGGGAAGCCCCUGGUGGCGCCCAACGGCGACGUCGGGAUGGACGGCCUGGUGAUGGUCCUCGCCACCAUGGUGGCCGGCACCGUCACGAACCCCUACGGCGACGCGUUCUACCAGGGCCCCAAGGAAGCGCCGCUGGAGGCGUGCACCGCGUGCCCGGGCGUCUACGGCAGCGGCGCCUACCCGGGCUUCCCCGGGAACCUGCUCGUCGACCAGACCACCGGGGCCAGCUACAACGCCAACGGCGUGAACGGGAGGAAGUACCUGCUCCCGGCCUUGUACAACCCGGCGACUUCCACUUGCAGCACCUUGGUGUAGUCGAGUCUGUACUCACUCUGUAGUGAUGUAGUCUGUACCUGGACACCGUCCAUGUUUCUGUACGCUUCCCAAAGUUGUACAUAUACGAGUUUGUUGGACUUGAAACUUGGAAGAAAUGAAACUACUUUGUUCGUUUAAA